AUGGAACAGAAAAACGAAAACCCCGUCAUCUCGGCCGACACACUCUCCGGCCAGAGGCUCCACAUCCCCGAUCUCCGCCCGGCGUUCGCCGCGUGGAAACAGGGCGUCAACCCCCUGCACCCACAGGUCAAGCAGGCCGUCGAUGCCCGGCUAGGAGAGAUCAUCGAGAACGAGAGGGCGCUGGCCAAGAUCAGAGCGGUUGAUAUCGCGCUCUUUGCCUCCGGGUGGGUUCCCGACGCGCCGUACGCCGACCUGGAGACGGUCGCCUUCUACUGCGUCUGGCUGUUCCUGUGGGACGACGCCAUCGACGGCGGGGGCGCGGGCAUCGAGGGCAGGGGCGACAAGGCGGCGGCCGAGUACUGUCGGCAGUCGAUCGUCUUUGUGGAGCAUUCCCUUGGUUUGGGCGAGCCCGGGGCUCCCGCGCCGGUGGCGCCGACGAAGGCGCGUGGCUGGGUACUGCGGGCGGGAGGAGAGGAGGGUGUUUUUGGGCAUCUGAAGGAGUAUAUGGGGGCGUGUGUGACUGAGUAUCGGUGGAGGUUGUCGGGGAGGGUGCCGAGUGUGGGGGAGUUCUACUCGUGGCGGUUGGGGACGUCGUCGGUGGAUGCUGCGUUGGAUCUUACAAGGAUCAUCAACGGCAUUGUUCUCCCUCGCGAAACUCUCGAAUCUAAGGAACUGGCCGUCAUGAGCCGUUGCGUCAACAAGCUCCUCAUCCUGAUCAAUGAGUUGUUCUCGCUCAAAAAAGAGUUGAAGGAUGGUGCAUUUGGAAACCUAAUACCCAUCACCAUGCGAGCAAUGGACUCGGACUUGGACGGCGCAACGCAAAGCUUGAUACAAGACAUCCACAAAUGUGUCAGAGACUUUGAUAAUAACGCCUCGGUUCUCCAAAAAGAUGGCGUGAUGGAGGAGGAACACCUAAGGCGACUCGUUGGGGCCUACCAGGCUGUUGACACGAGUACGCUCAACUUUUCCAUCCACAGCCCCCGGUAUGGUCUUCACAAGGACAAGCAGGAGGAUGGUUCAUUUGUGGUCACUCUAUGA